AUAACGUCAAACUAAUGUCAAACUUAGCUUAGCAAAUGCGUGAGUUGGGGUCAGGAAAUUAUAUUUUUUUUAUACAAAACAAAACAUAUUUUCCUUUACGUUACGAAAAACAAAAAUAUAUUUUAUACAGUGAAAAAAUUAUCUACAAAUGAGUAGUUUCACGACCCUCCGGCUGAACGAGGAUGAGCUGACAUCUCCAUCGUCCGACGAGAAGAUGGACACGGGCUCGGAGUCGUUCCGCUCGCAGGACACGCCCAGCUCCGUGCUCUCCGACUUCGAGGACCGCGACCCGGAGCACGGCGUGCUGCGGCUACAGAACCCCGACCAGCCCGCCACCGACAAACUGAACUUCAACGAUAGUCUCAUUACGAAAAUGUCCAAUCUGAAGAUUGAUUCUCCGAAAACAGAGGGCAGGCCGCGGAAUCUGGGCAUCAGUCCGCCGCGGUUCAGUUCUACGCUCACCCUGACCACCAACCACCCGCUGAUGGGCCUCGGCAGUCCUGACGAAAACUUCCCUGACGUCAUCCCGAAGAAGCUGCACAAGAUCGAGGAUGAGAAGGACCUCAGCCUGUCCAGCAUUGAGGAUGAACGACACAACUCCACCGGCUUCUACAGCCCUCAGAGGAACACUUCGAAAAAUAAUUUAUAUUUCACGGAGAACUUCGUGACUGCCGAGAGCCAUAUAUUAAACGACAGUCUUGAUGCCAUCCCUCCUGAUGUCGCGAGGGUCGACAAGGUGGAGAGGAGGAAGAUCGCCGCUAAGUUUAACGAGUCGAAAGCGCUCACUCCACUUAACGUCGGAGGGAGAAAUGAUAGUGCCAUAGGGAACUGCCUGGAUGCGAGAAUAACUAGUCAGAGCACGCCGAAGUGUCACAGCCAGCCCGUGGACGUGACGCGCGAAGAGUAUCACACUGGGGUGGCGGAGUGGUGCGAGUCGCCGUCGCAUCUGCGCUCGAUGCCCAACUUUCAGCUGCCCAUCGAGAUGUCGACCAGUAUACAGAUCAAUAACGACUUAGAAUCUCCCGACGCGAUAUCGGCAUCCACUCCCGAGGAGCGGUCCGCGUACCAGGCGCUGCUGGACCCGUACACGGGCAACGUGGCGCUCCGACACACCGCCUCGCGCAGCCCCAACACACAGAGGAGGAAGAUACAACUCCCGCCAGACGACGACCGCUGCAGCCUGGACAGCGUAAGCGCGUGCUCUAUGGAGUCAGAGGAGGAGCCCCCGGAGCCACCGCAGCCGCCGGGGCUGCGUGCGGAGCCCCCGCAGGAGUCCCCGCGCCCGCCCCGCCAUCACGAACCGACCCUCAGCGACGAUGAGGAUACUAAGAGAUCGAUAUCGACGAACACGAUGAGUUCGUGCAGCGAGCCCAUCCCGGAGUACUCGGCGGCGGAGGAGCUCAGCAACGAGCGCGCCUGGGUGUCCGUGUCGCGCGGCAACACGCGCGCCACCUGCGACAUGAAGGUGAUCGAGCCGUACAAGCGGGUGUUGUCGCACGGCGGGUACGACGCGCGCGGCGCCGCGCUGAUCGUGUUCAGCGCCUGCCACCUGCCCGACAACAAGCGGCCCGACUACACAUACGUCAUGGACAACCUCUUCCUAUACGUGAUCUGGACGCUGGAGCGGCUGGUGACGGACGAGUACGUGCUGGUGUACUUGCACGGCAGCGCCGGCCGCCGCCGCCUGCCCACCUUCCACUGGCUGCACGAGUGCUACAAGCUCAUCGACAGGAGGUUACGCAAAAGUCUGAAGCAUUUGUACCUGGUGCAUCCAACUUUCUGGCUGAAGUCCUUCGUCAUACUCACCAAGCCGUUCGUCAGCUCGAAAUUCUUCCGCAAGUUGAGUUACGUGCGCAGCCUGGCCGAGCUGGCGGCGCUGGUCCCGGUCGAGCCCAACGCCAUCCCCGACCAGGUCAAACAGUACGACGCCACCCGCACGCACUAACCGACACAACGACAACUCGUAAUUCCACGGUGGAAAGGCGAAUUGAAUAACAAAAUACCUUAAGCGACAUUUUGUUUUUUAAAAAGGUAAACUGUAUUCGAAAAACACAGAAAAAUGAGUACAUUCCAAAUAUAUAUAUAUAACCUUAAUAUAUAAUAUGGCGCAUAAAAUGUCGCUUAGCCUUUCAACUGGGAAAUUAUACAGUAUCCUUGUACUAUUUAUACUCAAAGCGCCAAAUAUAGUCAAACCCGAAUUAAUGUAUACGUUAACAAGAUGUCCUAUAGUUACUUUGUAAUACAUAACUGGUCUUUUUCGCAUAUACUUUCAUUUGGGUCUGAUUGUACGUCUUCAAGCGCCAUGUACGCAUAGUACAGGCCGGCAUAAUUCUGCCGACUGAUACGAGUUGGUCUGAUUAUGCUAUCAGGUACAAUAUGUCAAAACUGAAUUAACGAAUUUGCGUAUUACACGCUUAUUAUGCGAACUAGUUUCGUUUGGACUUGCCUUUUAUCACGAUUAUAGAUUUGUUUGUUGGUGUAACGUUGAAUUUAAUAGAAAAAGAAAAUGUUACGGAUUUUUUCGAUUUAAAAUUGAUUACCAGUGAUGAUAUUCUUAGAAAAUGUAUUUUUUAUUUUAUUUGAAAAGUUUUUUUAUUUUUUUAUAUUCGUAACAUUUGUAGAAAAGAUAUAAAUAUCAUAACGCGUAUAUACCCCGCUACCUGAAUCUAUUUUGUGAUAAUUUUGAUUCCAAAAAAAAUAUAAAAAAUAUCAAUUUGUUAAGCAAAAUUUAUCGAAAUGUUAUUUUUUUGUAGGAAAAAAUACCACAACAUUCCAUAUCCUGUAUUUUUGUCACGUUACAAAUUAUUUGAAAACACGAAAUAUAAGCGAAAUUGCGUUCUUGCUGGAGUUUUUAAAGUUCAAUAGAUAUUCGCUAGACCAAGUAAAAAUAUUUAUUGUCAAUAAUAAAAAAAUACGAAUUUUGCCGGAAAUUCAUAAUAUGACCCUCCAUUCGACUCUAUCGCAACAUGUAACAACAAUAAAGUCUUCUAAGGGUACAAUAAUUUCGACUCCGUCUGCCCUUUCAUGUAUGUAUAGUGGAUUGUGUCAUUUGUAUAUUCUUCUUCGAGAGUUUUUAACGUAUGAGAUAUAGGGACCACGUUACAAACAUCACACUAAUGAUUCAAUGUUAAUACUAUUUCAAAUCCAGAUUCUAUAACAAUUUUCUAAGCUCAACAAAAUGUCUACAUCUUUAUUUCUCAUGCAUGCCGCUAUUUUUAAGUAGAUAUUUCUAUUUCGUCUCCAGCUAUAAGUAAGACUAAGUAAAGGACGUAAAUAUGUAUUUCUUAAAACCCUAAAGGAACGCAAUUUUGUUUUUGAACAGCAAAUGUCCUGUGAUAAUAUAAAUGAGCAAUAUUAACGGACACUAAUUAUAUAUAGAUAAAUAUAUUCGUUUGUUUUGUAGAUAAAUGUUGUGCUUUACGUCUCCCAGAAAGUAGGGGAGACUGGACAUAGAUGGUGUAUCUGUUUUCACCCG